AUGAUAUUCGAUGCACAUUGUCACAUUGGAACAGACGUUGCAAAGGAAUCAAUCGAUGGUUUAGUGGAAACUUAUAAAGAGAUAUGUUUGAAGGAGGAUCUUCGCUUAGUGUUGAUGUCCACAAAUCAUAUUGAUUUGGAAUAUAUUACUAAAUUUGCAUCUAUACCUCAAGUUACACCAAGUUUUGGAGUUCAUCCAUGGUAUUCACACUUCUUCACGCUAGAUCAAGUAUUUGAUAAACAAAAACAUUAUUCUCAAAUUUUCAAGAAAGAAUCUGUUGAUAAUGAAUUAUUGACAUUACUACCAGAUCCAAUUGAUUUUCAUCAGCAUUUGAGUAUGAUUAAACAAUUGAUACCCAAAUAUCAAAAACCCAUCGUCAUUGGAGAGAUUGGCCUUGAUAAGUUAUUUAGAAUACCCACAUCUGGAUUCUAUGGUAAUCCUCAAUGUUGUGGAAAGGAACAAGAUAUAAGAUUGACAAAUUAUAAAGUGAAUAUGGAUCAUCAAAAACGUAUAUUUAUUGAACAAUUGAAAGUGGCGUUUGAAUUGAAUUUAAGUAUAUCAAUACAUAAUGUCAAAACAAGUGGUGUUAUUCAUGAAAUUUUGUUAAAAGUGUUGAAAGAUUAUCCUAAUUAUGUUGGAUCAAUAUGCUUACAUUCAUAUACGGGAUCAAUUGAAACAUUAGAACUCUUCAUCAAAACAUUCAAGAAAUCUAAAAUCCAUUUUUUCAUAUCAUUAUCUUCAUUUAUCAAUAAUAAUGCUAAAAGGGAUGAAUUAGAAAAUGUGUUGAAGAUAAUACCUGAUGAAUCUGUACUGAUUGAAACAGAUAUAACAAUUGAAAAUCAUAAUCCAAUGGAGAAACUUUUGGAAAUACGAGAAUUAGUUUUAAGGUAUAAAAAUUGGUCUAAUGAUCGGAUCUUGAUUGAAAAUUACUAUAGAUAUUUGCAAAAACAUGAUGAAUAA